AGCCUCCUCCUUCAGGUGGGAGCUGCUGCAGGUCGACAGCAACUAAACUUCUCUACAUUUCCCCUCACUGGUCCAGUGGAGCGUCUUCAGUUGGAUCACCGAGGACAGCAGGGAGGUCUGGUAAGCUGGCAUCCGAGAAAACAGACCAGCACCCACGGGUACAAACUGACCCAGACUCCGCCAACUUCCUCUAGUGACUUUUCACGGAAAUGUUUCACCUGAAGUUUUCCGUCGGACGGUGAAAAGUUUGGCGCUGGACAGGGAAGGAAGCAGAGAGGAUACACUUCAAAUGGAGAGAGGCUGAACCAACCCAUCCGGACCAGAACGUUCUACGAGGCGAUUCUGACAUUGUCCAGAUUGGACUGAUAAAAGGCUGUAGCUCCAGUGUGAGGUGCCAUGUCAAACCGUGACUCCCUGGGGUUCGGGGAACUGAUCCCCCAGGAUGUGCAGGACAUUUUUGCCCAUAAGAAGCACAGCACCAGGAGCAGGAAGAAGCGCAGCCACUCGCUGGGCCGUGCUCUGGGUUGGCUGAAGGGAAAGAAGAGAAAGGAUCUGGGCUCUAAGGGGCAGAGUCUGGGACUGGGUCCUGCACUUGAUCUGGCUUUGGAUGGGCACCCUGCUGGGCAUCAGGGAGGACACAAGUCGGGGAGGCAGGCUCAUCAACAAGCUGUCCAGAAGCGAAUCAUUGACGAUGACAGGAACCCUGCCACCCAGCUGUUCCAGGAGAACGUGUUCAUCGAGGCCAGCAGGCCUGAGUACCUGGAGAACCUCCACACCGAGGCCCUGGAGGGGUUAAAAAUGAUGCAGCAGGAAGAAACCAGCAAUGGAGUGGAGUUUCGGGACAAUGAAAGCACGAUUUCGAACAUGACGGUGCACACAGAUGGGGAAGGUGGAGGUUUUAUGACAGACAGCACUAUAGCUGACACCACUUCUGUUGUCUCUGUAAAAUCAUCGGUGUCCACAAGAUCAUCCCGCUCUGGACUCACCAGGCAAGAAUCAACUUUCAGGCCCUUGAACUCUGGAAAAAAGUCCAAGACGAGGAGAAAACACAGGAGGACUGUUGUGGGUAUCCCCCAACAUGUUCAGAGAGAACUUGGCCUGGACAGAGUGGGCUGGACACUGGCAGUGAAUGAGGAUCAGCUUUAUAACGGUGAAACUGAUGAAAGCCCAACUACUGAUGGUCUGCAGCAGGCAGCACAAACAGCGGCCGGUAAAGCCAUCCAUCCCCUCAGCAAAGACCAGCUAGAUCAGCUGGCUGCCUCUCACGCUGCUAACAGUGAUGACCUGUCCAUGACUGUCUCUUGGAUGACCAAUGCCAACAGCCUCCAACAGGAGCUGCCCAGCCCCGUCAUAACCAUGUCCCCGCAGGCCGCCUACAUGUCCAAAAUCAUCCCAAAUGCUGUCUUGCCUCCUUCUAUCGACGUGGUGGAGAUCAGCCGUGGGCGGAGUCGUAAUAGUGUCCGCACUGUCAGCAAAAGCAGCCUGGUGCUGUCAAGCCCUGCUACCUCGCGAGCAUCCUCUAGAGCCUCUACAAGAACCACUUCCUCCAAAGCAUCCACCAUCACAUCCGCCUCCCGCCAAAACCAUCCCAAUAUGUCUGACAGCUCUUGUUGGAGCAACUCUGAGUCCUCUGACACAUUAGUGUCUGACUCCUCCACCAUCUCAAGCAGCAGCACCCCCAGACAAAAGAGGUCUCAGGAUGGAGAUGCGUCUGCCAAAGAGGACAAAAUCAGCAUCCACUCAUCCAUCAGUAAGGCCUCAAGAGGCACCUCCAAUGGCAAGCUUGUUAGUAAAGGAAAGGAGGUGAAUAAAGAUGGGCAGUUUGUGCGAAGCCUCUCUGUUAUGAAGCCAAAGAGGGCUCCUCCUCCUCCAAACCGUUCUUAUUCUCUUCACAACAAGAUGAAGAGACGUUCACGGGACCUGGCAGAUAUUAAGGUUAUUCCAGCAGAGGAAAAUGAAAAAAACAAAUCAGGAUCUUCUCCUAUGUCCUCAAAAACCAUAGACAGUCCUGGAUACAAUGCUGACACUAGUUCUCUGGAAGAUUCGACAGGUUCUGUAUCAUUCAGUCCUGUUAGAUCCCAGCUGAACACACUGAAAGAGGUAGAAGCUGCACAGGUUGAUGAAACAGAUUCCAAAGAUGCUUCACAAGGGCAGAGCAAAAUAGUCUCCCCAUCCAGUGGCUACUCAAGCCAAGAGGGCACAACAGCACAGUCUUUAAAACAGUCCCACAGCUCCUCUCCGAGGCACAAGAGAGGCCUCUUGGCCAAGCUUAAAACACUUUUUCCUGGAUCUUCUUCUGCAUCACCUACACCCCCCCUCACACAACCAGAAGCCCCUAAAAACACAAAAGUCACUCAGGACACCUCAGUCGAUGCAACGAGUCCAUCUGUAAGGGCCUUGAGAGAACUCUUCAACAUUCCUCCACAUCCCAAAGUCCACGCACCCCCACCCCCUCCUCCAGAGGUGUGGGUUCACAGCAGGCGGUCCAUUGAGUUGCUGCUGGGACCUCCGGUGCCUGAUAAUGUAUAUGCCAUAAUCAAGAAGAAUCCAAAAGACAGGAGGCAACACAGGCAGUCUCCUACUGCAUCCGCAGAGGGCUCAGUGAAAGUGGAAAGAAAGCACAAGACAGAGACGAAGAAACUUCAAGAAAGUGUGAUUUUGAACGCAGAGGUUCACAAAGAGAACGAUGACAGACUGGCCGAGCAGUGUGUUGGUUUGAAAGUGACGGAAAAGGAUGAGAAAGUUCUAGCAAGUGACAUUUUAAACGGGUUGUUAGCGAAAGCUAUAGUGAACCGAGAAGAACGACUUGCAGCAAGAGAAGAAACUAAAACCAGCUCCACCCAAGUCACAGAGGUGAAGAGUAAGACUAACACAUUACCUGCCCAUUCAUCAUUAAGUCUUCACAUUCCUCCACCCUCCAAAAAGACUACAGCAGUCGUAUCUCCAGAGUCGUCCUGGCCUCCACCCCCUCCACCUAUUGGACAAGUCGUUGUUACAGAUGAGAUUGACUACCCUCUCCCGCCUCCGCCCAUGUUCGGAGAGGGGUUGAUCCCACCUGUUCAGGUGCCACCAGAGAGCUCCAAUCCUGGUGGAGACUCCUCUUCUACAACUACAUCCCUGAGCAUCCCACCACCCCCAUCAUAUACGGCCCCGCCUCCACCAGUGGGAGCAGUGACCCCUACUACACUCAAGAGGCUCUCUCCUCUACCACCCAUUCAAGAGGUUCCUUCUUCUCCGCCACAUGGUGAGGUUUCUCCACCACAACCACCUUUAGUGGUUUCUCCGCCUUUGCCACCCCCACCACCUUUAGAGGUUUCUCCUCCACCAAAGCUCAAAGAAGUUACUCCCCCUCCACCACCACUCAAAGAAGCUGUUCCACCCCCACCACCUUUAGAGGUUUCUCCUCCACCUAAAGAAGUGACUCCUCCACCACUACCUAAAGAAGUUAUUCCACCCCCACCACCCAUAGAGGUGUCUUGUCCACCUAAAGAAGUAACUCUUCCACCAUCACCACCUAAGGAAGUUACUCCUCCACCUCCACCUAAAAAAGUUACUCCUCCACCACCACCCAAUGAAGUUAUACUACCCCCACCAACUAUAGAGGCGUCUUCACCACCCAAAGAAGUAUCUUCACCACCACCACCCAUAGAGUUUUCUCCACCACCCAAAGAAGUAACUUCACCACCACCACCCAUAGAGUUUUCUCCACCACCCAAAGAAGUAUCUUCACCACCACCACCCAUAGAGUUUUCUCCACCACCCAAAGAAGUAUCUUCACCACCACCACCACCCAUAGAGGUGUCUCCUCCCCCUCCACAAACCACCACAGUUGUCACAGUGAUUCCUCCUCCUCCACCAGCUCAAGAAGCCGUUCCUCCACCAGUUAUCGAGGUCUCCCCCCUGCCACCUAAAGAGACCUCCACUCUGCCCACUGAAGAGGUUUCUCCUCCAUCUUCUCAAGAGAAUGCUCCUGUAUCUUUAGAAGAGACGCCACCUGUUGGCAUGCUCAUACCACCACAAAGUAUCCCUCCUCCACCUACACAUCCCCAGCAGGAGAGUGAUCCACCACAGGAGAAAAUCCCAUCUGAACCUGAAUCAGGUAACAGUAUUCUCGCUCCUCCUGAGAGUAUUCCACCUCCACCUCCUGCACAGCCUGAGGAAGCAUGCCAUAACACCGGUAGUCCAGCACCACAGGAGACCCCUCCUCCACCCCAAUCUGUAGCCUACAUCCCACUUGCUCCUGAGAAGGCUCAAGAGCCUGAACCAUCUCCACCUGCAAACAUUCCUUUACCUCCACCUUUACCAAGUGCUGAGCCCAAACCAAGUGCUUCAAGCACAGAAAAACAAACUCCAGAGCAAACCUCCAGCCCUGUUGUAAAGGAGGAAGCCAUUCCCGUCGUCACCCCCUCCCUACUGCAGAUGGUGAAGCUGCGCUCUGUCAACAGCAGCCCUGAGCCUCCUAAAGCGCCAGAGCAACCCGAGGUGGAGGUCACCAUGAGGAAACAGGUCCCAACUACAUCCACCAGCAGUGAAGCUCCUCAGAAGCCCAUCAGAAGGUCUCUGAUCAUGACCUCACCCAUGUCUCCCACAUCCACGUCUCCACCUGCAGAAGUGGCUCCACAACCCACUCUGCCAAAGUCCCAGUCUCUUGUGAUUCCACCCACAUCUUCUUCACCAGCUCUGUCCCCUACCAAAAAGUCUCCUCCUGCCAUGACUGCGUCUCCCUCCAUGAACCUGCAGGAGGCCAUCCGCCUGAGGACAGCAGCCAGGUCAAAGGAAAACCCCCCAUCUCGCCUCAGCCUGCACUCGCCGACAUCGCCUAAAGAUGUCCAUAAGUCCCCGUCACCGUCCAGCACUGCCAGCUUUAUCUUCUCCAAGAGCAACAGGAGGGUGGUGAUUGACACCAAACCAGUGAUGGAGAAGAACAACGUGGCUGUUUCCUCUGUGACAAAGGUGGAGAGUGGAGUCAAGGUUCCACCACCUGUUGCAAAGAAACCCAAAACAAAAGGCAAAGAGACAGAGGCGAGCGAGGGGACGGAGCAAACUGCAGGACAGGAAGCACAGGAAGAGAGUAACAAGGAUGGUGCAGAGAAAACCAAUGGAACAGCAGGUACUGUUGAAUGAAGAGGGACGCCAUCCACAUGAUUGAAAAGACUUAAAGGGAACUGGGAAGGACACACAGAUGACACUGACUUUGCUGCAAGUUAGUUUGAGUGACAAGAAACUGGAGCUGAGUAUAUACUGCAUGUGGAAAAGUUGUGGAUUUUAAAGACAAUCUUUGGAUUUUGAUGUUAAUGGUGUGGGUGUUAAUUUUCUCAAGUACUCAUUUUGUAUUUCACUAAGAGUAAAUGCAGUGGGUUUCUUUUACCAGAGGGUCUGCAGAGCUUUAAAGUUGUGAGAGAUGGGGUUUUAGCGCCCUCUUGUGUCACACAAUGAUUACUCUUCUGUCCUGCUGAAUCAGAGCUUUUAGUCAGUAAUGAUGGGACUUUUGGGUGCUCAUGUGUAAAUAAAUCAGAUUUUGUACAUUUAGUAUUUCCAGUAAUGGUGGAUCUGUACUACAGAGUCCUGUACUUUUUUCAAGAGAGCUUCCACACCAAUUAUAUUUGUUGAAAAAUAUUAAUUAACUUAAGUUAUUUUUCCUGUUUUAUGUUCAGAGGAGGGUCUCUAUUGACGGAUUGUUUUCUUUUGUGACGUCGUAUUAAAUCCUGGUAUCAUUCAAAGAAAAUUGAAUUGUGUAGCUCUUAAUCAAGUCCAAAUGUUUUGUCCUUCUGAAAAAUCCCACUUUAUUUUUUAUGAUUAAAUCAAUGUGCAUGGCUAUUGCUGUCACAGAAAUGUCAGGUAGACGUGUAAAGCAAGACUAGGAUCAUAUUUGGAUGCACAUUUUCUGCUGCUUUUAGUUACUGAUAACGGAGGCGAUGCCUUUCCUCACCGUUACAGCUCAAACAGAGGGAUAUUCCUGUUUUGAACUAUAAUAUAUUUGAAGCUCAGAGACUUAUGUUCUAAUUGAUUAUUCAUAAUGAAAAGAAUAAAGAUUUAUGGAUGCAUUGAA